AUGGAGUUGUGGCACAGAUUGGUCGCGUUUCUAGCGGUCACCACCGCGGUAUUUGCUACUCCUCUCCUCAACGAACUUCCACCAGGAAAGGAAUGGCCAGAACGUUUGUCUGUCAAACAACCUUACGAGCCAGAGAAACCAACAGAAAGCCCAGAAUAUUAUUCAACUUUUUCAUCAGAUCUCUCAUUCGAUGAAAAACCUUCGGAAAACAUAAAUGAAGUAUUACCAGCGUUGAACGAAAAAUUAGAAAAUAUAGAGGCCGCUGACAGUACUUCAACUGGUACUAAUGUUGAAAAAUCAGAAACCAUAAAUGAAAACUUGCCACAAGUAAACGAGAAAGCCGAUCAAAAGAGAGAAACAAAUGAAUCCCAAAAAGACGUUUUAGGCGUUGCUAAAGAUGCUGAGAAAGAAAAUAAGGUAAACUACUCAGGGGCUCAAGUGUGGAAGGUCUCAACUGAGGAGAGUAGAGUUCGCACAGUCAUUGGGCGGCUACGAAGGAGAAACUUAAUCGCCACAUGGUCCGGAAACCACUCUUACGUAGACGUUUUUGUCAAGCCCCAUGCUGUGGAGAACGUAACAAGGGCUUUCAAAAGGGAAAAUAUAGAAUAUGACAUCAUCAUCGAUGAUCUUCAAAAGCGAAUCGACGAAGAAAACCCUCCACUAGACCAAAACGAAAUCGAAUUGCAGGAUAGAAGAGGACAUCGAAUGACGUGGAAGCAAUAUCAUAGACUUGAGGAUAUCCACGGAUUUUUAGACUACUUAGCCAAAACAUAUUCCGCUAUAAUAAGUGUUCGGUCUAUAGGGAAAUCAUUUGAAGGAAGAGAUCUUAAGGUAUUGCGUAUUUCAAAUGGUAAACCUUCAAAUAAGGCAGUGUUCAUAGAUGGUGGGAUACAUGCGCGGGAGUGGAUAAGUCCAGCAACAGUCACGUAUUUUAUCAACCAAUUCGCUGAAAACUUUGACGAAGAGGAAGACGACAUCAGGAAUAUAGACUGGUACUUCCUUCCCGUGGUGAACCCUGAUGGUUACGAAUACACUCACACCGCUGAUCGUUUAUGGAGAAAAAACAGAAAACCAGCUGUUGGCAGGCAAUGCGCUGGUACCGAUCUCAAUAGGAAUUUCGGAUACCGUUGGGGCGGAAAGGGUGCUUCAGCCAAUCCCUGCAGUGACAUUUUCAGAGGAAACCGAAUGUUCUCAGAGCCGGAAUCGAAAGCUUUGGGAGAUUUUAUCAAGAAUACAGCAGCUAACUUUACAGCAUACCUAACUUACCACAGUUAUGGCCAGUACAUUUUGUACCCAUGGGGAUAUGAUAAUGUGGUGCCCCCAGAUCACAAAACCCUAGAUGAGGUUGGAAAGAGCAUGGCAGAUGCAAUAAAACAAAUUGGUGGGUCAAAAUACACAGUGGGAUCAUCAAGUGGAGUAUUGUAUCCUGCUGCAGGAGGAUCAGAUGACUGGGCAAAAGGGCAAGGAAUCAAGUACUCAUUUACAAUAGAACUGGGUGACACAGGCCGAUAUGGUUUCAUAUUGCCUACUUCACACAUUGAACCUGUUGCUAAAGAAUCCCUGGCAGGAUUAAGAGUAUUGGCACAUUAUGUUAACAAAUAUUAA